UUUGGCAAGCCUACUGAAACAGUCCAUGUGUGUAUAUAUGAUAUAUAUAUCCGGAAGUGUCCUGCAGCGCCCCCAGCGGCUGGAGCGUGCAUCACACGUGCAGACCGAGGGGCGCAAGGCUGCAGCAUGGAGGGAGGUGACAGUAAGGAGCCGGAGCAGCUCAGGAAGCUGUUUAUCGGUGGACUCAGCUUUGAGAGCACAGAGGACAGUCUGCGAGCUCACUUUGAGCAAUGGGGCAAACUCACUGACUGUGUGGUGAUGAGAGAUCCAGCUAACAAGCGCUCGCGAGGUUUCGGCUUCGUGACGUAUUCCUGUGUCGCGGAGGUUGAUGCUGCGAUGGCAGCGCGGCCACACAAAGUGGACGGUCGAGUCGUUGAGCCCAAACGAGCCGUUUCCCGAGAGGACUCCAAUAAACCCGGAGCCCAUCUGACAGUGAAGAAGAUCUUUGUGGGUGGAAUCAAGGAGGACACAGAGGAGUAUCAUAUCAGAGAGUACUUUGAGCGCUACGGGAAGAUUGAGACCGUCGAUAUAAUGGAGGAGCGUUCAACUGGGAAAAAGAGAGGAUUCUGCUUCGUCACCUUUGAUGAUCAUGAUACUGUGGAUAAAAUAGUUGCACAAAAAUAUCACACAAUCAACUCCCAUAACUGUGAGGUAAGAAAAGCACUACCGAAGCAGGAGAUGCACGCUGUUUCUAAUCAGAGGUAUCGCGGCGGAGGCAAUCUCAUGGGCAGAGGAGGAGGAAACUUUGGAGGUGGCGACUUUGUCCGAGGAGGGUAUGGAGGAGGCCGGGGUGGCUGUGGAGGAGAUGGAUACAAUGGAUUUGGUGGUAAUUAUGGGGGGGGUCCUGGCUUUGGAGGUGGUCGUGGAGGAUACGGUGGAGGUCCUGGAUACGGUAACCAAGGCGGAGGAGGCUUUGGAGGAUAUGACAACUACAAUGAUGGAGGAAACUUUGGAGGUAACUUUGGUGGUGGAGGAGGAGGAGGAAAUUACAACGAUUUUGGGAAUUACGCAGGACAACAGUCCAACUACGGCCCCAUGAAGGGAAAUAACUUCGGAGGAAGAAACUCAGGACCUUACGGAGGUGGAUACGGCUCUGGGGGCGGCGGCGGCGGGGGCUACGGGUCCAGGAGGUAUUAACAGAUCGGGUCGUCUGUGGUAAGUUCAGCGCCGCCUCGAGAGACUCCACAGACGUCUGACACGGGAUGACCUGUGAUGUUUUACCCUGUGUCUGUUCAACAGGCCUCAGAUCCAGAGUUAGAUGACAGGAGUGGGAAGGAAAGGAAAGAUUACUGAGAAAGUGUGCGAGGGGCCAAGAUCUGCCAGUUAUAGUUCUUACUAACGUUAGUGUAGUGCUAUAGUGGAUGCACAUUCCUUCACCCGCUUGACUCUUCUGUGCUUUUCACCCAUCCUCAACCCCCAAACACUGUAGUCAGAAUAGUCCUACAUAUUAUUUGAUGUGAGUGUGCAAUAUGUUGUGGCCUUAAGUAUAUUAUUUGGAGAAAACAGGACUUGUGUUUAUUUUCUUGAUUCUUGUAUUUUUAUAUAUUGUGAGUAUGCAGUGCAUGUGUUGUUCAUGAAGCUCUGAAUGGUAAACGGAGUAGAUUUUGUCGGAUUUGAGGGCAUGUUAAACCUGUAAAGAGAGAAGUCUAGAUUGUUGAACUAUUUUUGACACAUGAAAAAAGAAACCAGCUGAAAUAAAGUUGUGUAGUAACUUGCCUAA